AUGGGUUUCCUAAAUCCUAAGCAGCCGUACUUUGGCCUCAAGGGAGGAUGGUUGACCUUCUGGAUCUCCGUUGCUUGCGCAACAGACAUGACGCUGUUUGGCUACGAUCAGGGUGUCUUUGGCGGCGUCGUGGUUACACAGGACUUUCUCCAAGUUCAUAACCUGGCCGGGCCCGCGAAGACAUCGCUUUUGGGUACCGUCACGGCGAUUUAUGACGUUGGAUGCUUCUUCGGGGCCAUCAUCGCUGUCUGGCUGGGCGAAAAGCUAGGCCGAAGGAGGUCAGUUCUGGUCGGGUCAACUAUCAUGAGCGCUGGAGCUAUUCUGCAGAUUUGCUCCUACAGCACAGCUCAAAUGAUAGUUGGACGCAUCAUUGCCGGUAUUGGCAAUGGGAUCAACACGGCCACCGCACCAGUCUGGCAGACCGAAACAUCAGCAAUCAAAUGGCGAGGCAAGCUGGUCGUUAUUGAGCUCAUCUUGAACAUUGCUGGUUUCUCGUUGUCGAACUGGGUCACCUAUGGCUUUUCUUUUGUCGGGGGCGCAGUUGCCUGGCGAUUGCCUCUUGCCUUCCAGUUUCUCUUCAUCGUUAUUCUCUUCGCAACCGUGCCUUGGCUGCCAGAAUCACCAAGAUGGCUCAUCGCACAUGACUACGAAGACGAGGCGUUCAAAAUCUUAGCAGACCUUGAGAAUAAACCGGAAGACGAUCCCUUCAUCCUGGCGCAGCACAAAGAAAUCGUCUACACGGUCCAGUACGAGCGCGAGAAUGCCGUGAGAUGGGUUGACCUUCUCCGUGGCCGAACUGGCAACCAGGCUGGAACCAAGACUAUUCGACGUCUGAUUCUCGGUGCAGGAACACAGGCUUUUCAGCAAUUAUCGGGCAUAAAUGUCACCUCAUAUUAUCUCCCUACGGUGCUCAUCAAGUCUGUUGGGCUGGACGAGAAAAUGGCGAGGUUGCUGGCAGCCUGCAACAGUGUCUCCUAUCUUCUAUUCUCGUUGAUUGGAAUUCCAAAUGUCGAAAGAUGGGGCCGAAGAAACAUGAUGAUUUUCGCCGCAGCUGGCCAAUCUUUCUGCUACCUCAUCAUCACUGUUCUGAUUCGGUAUAAUGAAAAGCCCGGGUUUGCUCAUGCCCACGAAGUGGCAUCUGCCUCGGUGGCAUUCUUCUUCCUCUACUAUGUGUUCUUCGGGAUCGGAAUGCAGGGUGUGCCUUGGUUGUAUCCAACGGAAAUCAACUCGCUGCCCAUGCGUACAAAGGGCGCAGCCCUCGGGACUGCGACGAACUGGAUCUUCAAUUUCAUGGUGGUGGAAAUCACGCCGAUUGGCAUCCAGAACCUCCAAUGGAAAUUCUACAUUAUUUGGACAAUUCUCAACGCAUCGUUUGUUCCAUUAAUAUAUUUGUUCUAUCCCGAGACGGCAGAUAGAUCUCUGGAAGAUAUAGAUGACUACUACCGGACCAAUCCGCCUCUGCUGGUCUUCAGAGACAAAGACGUCACCUCAAGCAAGCGACCGGAAAAAUACAAGAUCAAGGAAGAGGAGGAAAUUAGAAGAGCCUCAUCGGCGGAUCCCACGGCCUUCCGACGAGGAAGCCGUCUCAGUUACUCCAGGGCGAGACAAGCCCAACUGGCUGCCGCAGGGCAACUUCAGCAGGAGGAAGAAUAUGAAGGAAGGACUGAGCAUGGAGACUAUGAGCAGGAGAAGGUCUAUCACAAGGAGGAUGUGUGA